AUGAUCGGGCUGCGCGGCUGGUGCGCGCGGCCCCGAGGCGCGAAGGUCCCCGCCGAGCCGCGCCGGGCGGACGGCCGCGCCCUGCGGGUCCUGGUGGACAUGGACGGCGUCCUGGCCGACUUCGAGGGCGGCUUCCUCAAGAAGUUCCGCGCGCGCUUCCCCGACCUGCCCUUCGUCGCGCUGGAGGACCGGCGCGGCUUCUGGGUAUCCGAUCAGUACGGCCGCCUACAGCCAGGGCUAAGCGAGAAAGCUAUCAGCAUCUGGGAGUCGAAGAACUUUUUCUUUGAACUCGAGCCCCUGCCAGGGGCUGUUGAAGCUGUGAAGCAGAUGGCCAGUCUGCAAAACACCGAUGUCUUCAUCUGCACCAGCCCCAUCAAGAUGUUCAAGUACUGUCCCUAUGAAAAGUAUGCCUGGGUGGAGAAGCACUUUGGCCCCGACUUCCUGGAACAAAUUGUGCUGACGAGAGACAAGACCGUGGUCUCUGCUGAUCUUCUCAUAGAUGACCGGCCAGACAUCAUAGGAGCGGAGCCCCACCCCAGCUGGGAACACAUCCUCUUCACCUCCUGCCACAACCGCCACCUGCAGCUGCAGCCCCCUCGCCGCAGGCUGCACUCGUGGGCAGACGACUGGAAGGCCAUUUUGGACAGCAAGCGGCCCCGCUGAGCAGCCAUUCUGCAGCAUCCCACGGCCCGACUGCAGGACUCCCUGCGCAGCAACUGGAGGGCCAACACUCCAGGCUGGGGGAACCCCCCCGGACAUCCAGGCCCGGACCCCCUUGCCACAUGGCCCCUCCCUCUCCUAGCCCA